AUGAGUCAGGACCCACUCCACGGCAACCACCACCGGUGCCGCUCGCUUCCCGCCUACACCCUGCGCAUGCGCGCACUGGACACCCGGCGCUGCCCCGCCCCUCACAAACCUGGGCGUCCUUGGGCCCACGGCCCAGGUCUGGCUUGUCCCCGCCUCAGUACCAGGCACGGCUCAACGGCAGAGCGAACCCGGGUUAAGAAGCCCCCCUCCCGGAUUCCGCAGCACUACCGGCUCGGGCAGAACGAGAGAACCCAGACAGAGUGGUCCAGCAGUCUGGAGAAGUUGGACAUUCGGGACAUCUUUAACGUCUGCCUCAUGAGGACCAGCCUUCGUAUGACUCUUAUUAAAGAAAUCACUUAUUUACCCAGCAUGCACCAGAUCAAACAGGCUGUCAGGAAGCUCUGCAACACUGACGUGGUCAAGGUCAACAACCCCGAUGGACAGGAGGAGGCAUGUGUUCAGCUGGCUCCUGAUGAUGAGGCUUUGGAUGUUGCCAGCAAAACUGGAAUCAACUCAACUGACUCCAGCUGCUAA